UGAUUAUGUAUUUACCAAAAAAAAGUUAGUUCUAUUUUGAUUGGACCGAAUAUUCCUCAAUAUUUCAGGGGUAGUUUGGUCUUUCUGGUAACGAGGGUGAUUAAUUUGCUAAUAUGUAUUAGUUUGGUCUUCCUGGAAAAUUCAUUUUGGCGGUCACCGGCGCCGAAUUUAAUGGCAGAUCUGCUGUGAGCCGCCGCGAAAUCAGUACCGACGAUCCAAUUCAUUAGAUCCGAUAUACCAAAUCCAGAUUCCACCGCCGUUCUCGUUUCUUCUUCAAUCUCGAAAAUUUCCGACGGCGAAAAAGAGUCAACCAUGGGAUUGUUCACCUACACAGUAGCCGGCGGCGCUCUAAUUCUACUCGGCGCGUGGGAAUCGGUCAUCUCCGCCUCCGAAUCCCUCAAACAAACCCCACCGCCGCCACACUCGCCGCAAAAUAGUAAGAAAUCCACGCCGCCGGGAACAUCCUCGUUUUCGUCGACGGUGACGUUUCUGCUGAUCUCCGUUCUGUCAAUCCUCUUCAUCGUGAACUCCUUCAUCUCUUUAUCCGACGCCGUCGCCUCCGACGAUGACGUCGGUUUCGCCCUACAGCUGGAGGUAAUCGCAAUCGGCUUCCUUUUCCUACUAUAUUCUCUCCUGGGCAUUUUGUCGAACACCAUACACUCAUUCCGAUUUCCGACAAAGGUACUCAAUUUAAUCUACGCUUUCGCUUUCGUCGAGGAAUUCCUGCUGUUCUACACGAAGAACAAAGAUCCGAGUGGAAUCGAGAAUCAUUACUAUGAUCUCAUCUUAGUCCCAAUCCUUAUAUGCCUCUUCUCCACUGUUCUUGAACUAAAGAGCUCGAAAUCGACUUAUCCAAAAUUAGGGCGUGGCAUUGGGUUAAUUUUACAGGGUAUGUGGACUCUGCAAAUGGGGGUUUCGUUUUACUCGAACUUGAUAUCCAGCGGGUGUUCGUUGCACGAACGAAGCAGGGGAAAUUACACUAUCAAGUGCAAAGGACAUCCCGAAUACCACCGUGGCCGCGCAAUUGCUACAUUGCAAUUUAACUGUCAUUUGGCUCUUCUGGUUACUUUUGCUGUCGGGGUAUUUUCGAUAUUCUGCAAGACUUACGGGGUUAGUCGAGACUUUAUGCGGUAUAAGCCUAUUGGAGCUGUAGAUAUGCAGUUGGAUAACUAUGCUCGGUUCACUUUGGUUAGUGACGACGAGGAUGAAGAAGAUGGGAUUAAGGAAAUGAGGAGCGUGGAAAUGCAGAAGGCUAAUCCGGUGGGUCCCGCAUCCACGGUGAAUGGUAAUGGUUCUUCUCAUUCUUGAUCUUGAGGUACAUUAGUCGGAAUUUCUGUAGUGAAGAUCUUGGCUUUAUUCUUUUGUUAUGUAGAUGAUGUUGUAUAACUUGCUUAUGUUUGGUGCAACUUUUGACGGCCCGUGUGAGUUUUGAAAAGUUUACUUACAUUUUCGAUAUGGCAUUGAUCUGAUUUUUUUUCGG